CCCGCACCGCUUCCGGCGCGGCUGUCAGCGGGCCGGGCGGCUCUCUAUGAGGUUCAUACCCGCACGGCGGGUCGCGCGGUACCAUGUGGCGGCUGGUCACUCGCGCCAGCCUGCCGCUGCUGCGGGCCCCCCUGGCAGAUGCGUGGGCCGCCCCGCCCGCCUGUGCCGGCCUCAAGACGCUGCUCCCGGUGCCGACUUUCGAAGAUGUUUCCAUCCCUGAGAGACCCAAGCUUAAAUUUGUGGAAAGAGUACCACUUGUGCCAAAAAUAAGAAGAGAACAUAAAAAUCUGAGUGACAUUCGGGGACCUUCCACUGAAGCUACUGAGUUCACAGAGGGCAACUUUGCGAUCUUGGCGCUGGGUGGCGGUUACCUGCACUGGGGCCAUUUUGAAAUGAUGCGCCUGACCAUCAACCGCUCCAUGGACCCCAAGAGCAUGUUUGCCCUGUGGCGCGUCCCAGCCCCUUUCAAGCCCAUCACACGCAAGGGCAUGGGGCAGCGCAUGGGAGGCGGCAAAGGCGCCAUCGACCACUACGUGACCCCCGUCAAGGCCGGCCGCCUCAUUGUGGAGCUGGGCGGGCGCUGCGAGUUCGAAGAGGUGCGGGGCUUCCUCAGCCAGGUGGCGCACAAGCUGCCCUUCCGGGCCAAGGCCGUGAGUCGCAAGACCCUGGAGAAGAUGCGGGACGACCAAGAGGAACGGGAGCGGAACAACCAGAACCCCUGGACCUUUGAGCGCAUAGCCACUGCCAACAUGCUGGGGAUACGGAAGGUGCUCAGCCCCUACGACCUGACCCAGAAGGGGCGGUACUGGGGCAAGUUCUACCUGCCUGAGCGCGUGUAGGUGGGCACGGCGGGCGCGGGCCUCAGGGGGCCUGAGCCUCCCCUUAGUCCUCAGCGAACCCGGUGGCGUGUAAGCGGGACUCUGGGAAGCCGGACUCUCGGCUUCCUCUUAAAGUACAUUCUAUUUAUACGUAUUAAAGUCUGAGCACCCUUGGGGUGAGCUGCUCA